AGUUUCACGAGUAACUCGUCUCGUGUUCUUCUCCGAUGAGGUAAAAUUUUGCCAUAAAAAUUGUACACACAAGCAUACCACUCCCCAAGUCCUCCAGUAGUCCCUAGUCCCCACUCAUCAACAUCAUAAUUCAACAGAAGAAUAUAAAACACAAAUUUCUCCCCUUUUCCCCAUUUCUACUUUCCCUUUUUCUCUCUCUCUGUCCUCUCUCACCCACCUUCCCUCCAAAUUACACCCACCAUUUCCAAUGAAGUAAAACUCCUCUUAAAUCUUAAUCAUCAUUACCCAUCAUAAUCACAAUCAUAAUCAUCCAUGGCUUCCCCCAUCUCAAUUGGAGCUCCACAACCAUGGCCCUCCACCUCCUCCUCUUCUAAAACCUACAAUUUCUGCUCUCUAGGCUGCUCAUUCAACUGUCCUCAAUUAUGCAUCUUCCCUCCACCACCACCUCUCUUUCUCAACCCCGGCGAAGGAGACGGUGAUGAUGACGGCUCCUCCUCUCACAUCUCCCCUCUUAUGGCCGCCCUCAUCGCCGUUCUCGCCGCCGCCUUCCUCCUACUCUUCUACUUCACCGUCAUCUCCAAGCUCUGCCGCCGCCGCUCCCGCCGCAGAAGCAGCAUCAACAACGCUCGCUUCCUCGACUCGGAAACCUCUGAUCCCCUCGCCCGAGUCGACUCACUCAUCCACGACCCGACCCGGCCUGCUGCUGCCGCUGCAGGACUCGACGACGCCUUUAUUCGGCAGAUCACGGUGUUCAAAUACAGGAGAGAGGAUAACCUGAUCGAUGGCACGGAAUGCGCGGUGUGUCUCACCGAAUUCAACGAGGACGAAAAUCUACGGCUGAUGCCGAAUUGUGAGCACGCCUUUCAUAUCCCUUGUAUUGAUACUUGGCUUAAGACUCACUCUAACUGCCCGCUUUGUCGGUCCACCAUGAAUCCGGCUCCGCCAAUGAGAUCCUCCUCAAACUCAAAUUCAAAUACGAACUCGAACCCGAACCCGAACCCGAACCCCGGUGGUGUCAAUACUACGAGUAGUGUUGUUGCGGCGUUGCGGGUUGAGCGGAGUUAUGACACCGUUAUGGUGAUCCGGGAGUUGGAAACCCGCGUUCGGGUUGUCGAGGCAGCUCGUGAUGAGGUAGGAGGUGGUGAUGGGUGUGGGAAUUUGGAGGAGAGAGAAACUAAAUUAGAUAUUAAUGACGAUAUUUGUGAUAUUAAUAAUGAUAAUUCAAGAUGAGGAAAAUACAAUACGGAUUCUUCUACAAUACCAAGGAAUUAAAGGUAGGCCUUGCCUUGCCUUUGCGUUUUUUUUUGUAUAUUGAUAUUAUUAUUACUAUUAUUGCCUUAGUUGGUGAUUAAUUUUCUUGACUCAUAACUUUUGAGUCGAGUUAGUUAUAUAGAGUUGUUUGUUGUAAAUUUGGUUAUAAAUGGAGGGAGAAAUUGAAGGGUUUGUUCUUGAAUAUUUAUUUAUUUUUUAUUUAUUGGA